UUACAUAAAAUUGAUUACAACAUGCUUUCUUGUACAGAAUGCCUCUAAAGUGAAGAACAUUUGAAGAAUCCUGUGUAUUUAGAAAUAUUACGUUACAUAAACUCAAUAUUUAAGACACCUUGCUGCUGUGUGGAUCAAUGGGAAACAACUCAUUUAGUAACAAGACCCGUCUUCAGAACCAGCGCUACGUCCACUCGGCAUACACCUGCUCUCUAACACAACACGAGCUGCCUGUAAUCCAAACAAGCAGACAUCGAACGUGGCCAAUACAGGAAGCCAUUGACUGAUACACGUGGUCUUUCUAUGACCCCGAAACAGGAACAGUAACAAAACUCCCUUCACAGGAGUUGACAGGGCAGAUAUUUGCUGUACGUAAUAAGCGAAAUGACUACAAUGACCGCAGGCGAGGCCCAGUAGUGUUGGGAGUUUGUAAUGAAUUCACAGCCGGCAAAACUGAAAAGCGCUAGGAUGGUUUGUGGAUGACAGAGAUUGUGGCAAUGAAUUGGUCCACGCGUGCCGCUUCACGGACCAGGAUUUCAGUUAAUUAAUGAUCACUGGAUUGGCCUUAGAUGAAGAAUACUUUAAAUACUGGAGUUAUAUCACGGCGUGUCAGCUGAAUGUGGAAGGAAAACCCAAAGUGAGGAGAUCGAAGCCAGUAAAAGCGUCAUGGAGAGUUUAUUAACGAUUUCGAUUUUAAUACUGAAGGUCGCGGCGUCCUCUGCCUGGAACUAUGGGGGAGGUAUGAAUAUGACGACGCUGCUAGACAGUCUCUUGGAUGAUUAUGACAGACGACUGAGACCGGGUUUCGGAGGUCCUCCUCUCGUCGUGAAGACAGACAUCCUGGUUCGAUCCAUGGGCCCAAUGUCAGAGAAGGAUAUGAUCUAUUCUAUGGACUGCUACUUCCGGCAGUUCUGGCAGGAUGCUCGCCUGGCUUUUAACGCGACCAUGCAGGGGAUCUCAGAGCUCUCCCUCAGUAGCAGGAUGCUGGAGAGGAUAUGGUAUCCUGACACAUUCUUCCUGAACGGGGGCAGAUCAUAUCUCCAUUCCAUUACCUCGCCAAACAAGUUCUUCAGACUACAGAGUGAUGGCAAUAUUUAUUUCUCCCAAAGACUGACCAUAAAGGCACAUUGCAGGAUGGACUUGGAAUCGUUUCCAAUGGAUACUCAGAAAUGUCCCCUGAGAGUGGGAAGUUUUGGUUAUUCCCACGACGAUGUCAUAUACAUCUGGCGCUAUGGCAACAAGGAGGCGAUAUCUAUAUACCCGGAUGUAACGAUGUCACAAUUUGAUAUCAUUGGUCUUCCUGCUAACAACGCUUCCAAAUACCUGAAGGGAGCUGUACACUCCAUCCUGACGGUGUUCUUCCACAUGCGACGUCACACCGGCUACUUCCUCAUCCAGGUGUACGUGCCCUGCUGCCUCCUGGUCGUGUUAUCCUGGGUCUCCUUCUGGAUCAACAGAGAGGCUACGUCCGACAGAAUCGCUCUCGGCACGACCACCAUACUGACCAUGACCUUCCUUGCACUGGAGAACCGAGACGACCUCCCCCACGUGGCCUACUACACAGCACUGGACAUCUACGUCGUCAUGUGCUUCCUGUUUGUCAUGGCGUCCAUUGUCCAGUUCGCCGCUGUCCACUACUUCACAAAAUACAGCACCGACGAUCGGGAGAUGAUGAGCGACGACAGCGAGGGGGAGCUUGAAGAGAGUUAUCUCACUACUUCCACAACUGCAGGGGGCGGUAUAUUCACAGAAGGCGGCUGCAACAGGUGUUUACAAUGCCUUACAAAAUGGGGCAAGUGCAUUCUGGACAAGAGGAACAGAAAGUUCAACAAGCAUGUUCGGAAUGCACUGGGACUGAACAGUGUCAGUAAAAUAGACAAAGUGUCUCGAUUUCUUUUUCCUGCCGCGUUCAUCGCCAUUAAUAUUUUCUACUGGGUAACUUAUCUACCCUCGUGAAGGUUUCAAGUCUCACGUGAGAAUGUGAGUGUGUCGUGUUUGCAGCCUUUCCGGACUGACGAGGAACUGGGGACAAAAUCACAUGAUUCGAAAUAUGGAAUUCUCAAACUUCCUUUUGUACAUAACAGUGUUCUCUUAACGAAAUAUGGAAAUUAUCUAACACUUUUUUCAAGUUCUUGAAUUAUAUAUUGUGAGAUAGAAAACGCUUGUAUGAAGUACAGCAAACAUAAUGAUAA